UAAGCUUAUUACCUAAAGGCGAUCUGACUAUUGUAGGAGAAAGAGGAGUAAUAAUGAGUGGUGGACAAAAGGCAAGAAUUAAUCUAGCAAGAGCACUAUAUGUAGAUGCAGAUAUAUUCCUGUUCGAUGAUCCACUAAGUGCUGUCGAUGUUCCUGUAGGAAAACAUAUCUUCGAAAAAUGCAUAAUGGAAUAUUUGAAAGAAAAGAUUUGCAUCUUAGUUACACAUCAAGUACAAUUUUUAAACUCUGAAAAUAAAGUUUUAGUGUUAUGCAAGGGAAAAUGUCAACACAUUCAAAAUUACAAUGAAAUUGAAAAUAUAAAUACGGUUAUAGGAAUUUCGUCAGACGAAGGAGCUGCAGGAAAUAGCAUUGAAUUAGAUACUGCACUUUUCAACGAUGACGAUUUAAUUGAAAAUUCUGAAGCCGAUAUGUCUGAUAACACUGAAGACUGUAACAACAUUAAUGCAGAAGAUGAAGGUAAAAAAAUACCACAAGAUGAUGAAGGAGUUGGAAAAGUAGGACUUUCAGUUUAUAGAGAAUAUUUCAAUGCUGGAAAGGGAUUCUUCUUUAAGUCUGUUCUAUUAGUUACACUAAUUGUAUCACAAGCUAAUAUAAAUGCAAGUGACUUUUGGCUAGUCAAAUGGUUGUAUAAGAAAAGAAUCUAUGGACAAAGUACAGUGAAACCGGAAAAUAUUACGUUUAACGAAACAAUUUUUAACAAUACUGAAGAAGAAAACUUUUAUUAUAGUGAAGCAUACAACAUAUACGUUUACUUCGGAAUGAUAUGUGUAGUAUUUUUCGCGAUGAUACUGUCUGCAAUAUUAAUGUAUGAAAUGUUUAUAGCUGCAUCUAUAGAGCUGCACAAUAAUAUGUUUCAAUGUAUUAUUCGAACGCCAAUAUCAUUUUUGGAUAAUAAUCCCGUUGGAAAAAUCUUAAAUCGGUUUUCCAAAGAUGUGAACAAUAUGGAUGAUUCCUUACCUAACUCGUUUAGCAAUGUGAUAAAAGGAGGCCUUAUAGUUGCUGGCAUGUGUAUACUUCAAGCAAUAUUCUGUCCUUAUCUACUCAUAUUAACAGCUGUUCUUUCGAUAUCAUUCUAUAGUUUGUGGACGAUCUAUACUCGAGUGGUGAAAAGCAUAAAACAAAUGGAAGGAAAAUCGAGAAGUCCAGUAUUUUCCCAUCUGAGUGUAUCGCUUUAUGGACUGACAACAAUUAGAGCAUUUAAAGCCGAAAGUAAAUUUAAAUCUUCAUUUAAUGAGUAUCAGGAUAAGCAUACUGCCACCUGGUUCGUCUAUGUGGCUUUAAGUCGAUGGGUUUUCUUAUAUGGUCACAUAGUUUGUUUCAUAAAUGUAGUUAUUACUGUUAUUAUAUUCACUGUUUCGAUUGAUUCAGAUAAUGCUGGAAGCCAAAUCGCACUUGUUAUGAAUUAUGGAGUAUUAUUUAUUGUGUAUUUUCCAGCUCUUAUUAGAAUGUCAUCUGAACUGCAAUUUCAGAUGAACUCUGUUAAACGUAUACUGAAUUAUACCAAAUUGAAAUCAGAAGCAUCAUACGAAAGUUCUCCCGAUAAACAGCCACCCCCAGAUUGGCCACAAAAAGGAGAAAUUCAUUUUGAUAAUGUUUCUUUACAAUAUUCGAAGGACAAAAAUACUGUUUUAAAGCACUUAACAUUUCGUAUUUACUCGGGAGAAAAGAUAGGAAUUGUGGGCAGAACAGGAGCAGGAAAAAGUUCUAUAAUUGCUUCGUUAUUUCGCAUGACAGAGCCGUCAGGGACAAUAACUAUCGAUGGAGUUGACGUUAAAGAUAUCGGACUUCGGGAUCUUCGUAGCAAAAUAUCUAUCAUUCCUCAAGAUCCGAUGUUAUUUACCGGUCCUCUUCGAAGAAACAUCGAUCCUUUCAAUGAAUAUUCGGAAGAAAAUCUGUGGCAAGCCAUUGAAGAGGUUCAAUUAAAAGAAGUAAUUAGUAAAUUACCUGGCGGAUUGGAUACACAUUUAUCAGAAGGAGGACGGAAUUUCAGCGUUGGGGAAAGACAGUUAAUUUGCCUUGCCAGGACCAUUCUUCGUCAGAAUAAAAUUCUUGUCAUGGACGAAGCAACAUCCAAUAUUGAUAAAAGCACUGAUUCCUGCAUACAAAAAAUAAUUCGAGAAAAAUUCAAAUCUUGUACAGUGUUGACAAUAGCCCAUAGAUUACAUACGAUUAUUGAUUCGGAUAAAGUUCUGGUUCUAGAUACAGGGAAAUUACAACAAUUUGACACACCAUACGCACUACUGAAAAAUGUGAAUGGAACUUUUUAUAAUUUGGUGAAGAACACAGGAGUAACUUCCAUGAACGAGCUAUACAAAAUUGCUAAAAAUAAAUAUUAUUUUAAAGAAUUUACCGAAAGAACAAAAUUAUAAAACAGUGGAUCUUUGAUUCAAGUGUACUUUUUGUUGAAUUCUUGUUCUGUAUUUUAUUUAAUAUCCUGUACUCAGAAAUAAGUGGCAUUUGCAUCUGUGACGUAGAACAUGGAAUUUUUAAAAUCUAAAACAUUGGAUAGCAUUUGUUCUGCUGUUAAAUUUAUAUACAUGAAAUGUAAUAAAAAGAUUUAAUAUUUCUAACAAAUAGGUUUUAAAAGGAAACUAUUCUUAAAUUA